AUGUCUGAGAGGGAUGGACAAGCAGUAGUGGAGAACGAGUUGCCAGCACACUCCGGCACGUCAGUCGAAGUGCUCCCACCUCCAUCUGCCAUACCUCUGGUUAUCUAUCGUUUCAGGUACGUGCAGCCAGUACAUGUGAAGGAUGAGAACCUUAAUGCAAUUAAAGAUUGGCCAGUGAUGGGUUUGCGCAUCAGAUAUUUGCGCACGGUGCUCAUUAGUUCACCGUCACAAGAAUUGGAAGAAAUGGAUGAAGAAACCGUUGUCGCUGUGGCUGGUUCUACACGAGCUUUCUUGCUGGCAGAACCAGAUGCCCCAGUAGCUGAGUCUGUUGUGUCUGUCAGACGACGUUUAACUGCACCCGUUGUAUCCACAGCAUCACCACUCUCUGCGACAGUAGCUGACGAAGGACCAUGGAUCGAUUCAGAAAGUUUCUGCAACAGUGCGGUUUUCCUCGAACUUUUUUUCGCCUUCUCUUCCACGUCAACUUCCGAAUCGGAACUCGAAGAGGAGUAG